GCCGGGCCUCCCCGCGCUUUUGUUUUUAAUUUUCCUUUUUAGAAAGAAAGGAAGGUUCAUGGUAUCUGGUGCUCUCUUCUUCCCAAUACAAUAAAUCUGUUGAAGACAUUAGAUUUUUUUUUUUUUUUCCAAAAAUAAAAAGCGGCUGCAACAAACACACACCCAAUGCAGUUAGAAGGAACAGGCCACCUCCAUCCAGUACAGACCGAAAAGGUGGAUGUGGACCACAAGUUACAAACCCAGACACACCUGGAAAAGGAGGACGAGAAGAAUUAAAUCUAGAAAAGCCCAGCGGAGAUAAACGAAUGUCCCCACACCUCCAAAGGAAAGUUCAUCGAAUUUUUACUCUAGAGAUCUCAUCUUCAGGAUGUCAUUGAACACUUCCAGUACAGGAAAAGGUGUGGAUCCAAACACAGUUGACACUUACGACAGUGGCGAUGAUUGGGAAAUCGGUGUUGGGAAUUUAAUAAUUGAUCUGGACGCAGAUUUGGAGAAGGACAGACAGAAAUUUGAGAUGAAUAAUUCUACCAAUACCACCACCAGCAGCAGCACCAGCUCCAAGGAUUGUGGGGCUCUGGCUUCCAGUGGGGCUAAUACUACCUCAGCCUUAGCUGAUGGCCUAAAAUUUGCUUCUGUUCAGCCCUCCGCUCCCCAGGGGAAUUCCUCUCACAAAGAGACUACUAAAUCAAAAGUGAAAAGGAGUAAAACUUCUAAGGAUUCUAAUAAAUCUCUGCCUUCUGCUGCCUUGUAUGGGAUUCCUGAGAUCGGCAGUGCUGGCAAAAGGCAGGAAGUCCAAGGGCGCCCUGGAGAGGCAACUGGCAUGAAUUCAGCACUGGGUCAAAGCGUGAGCGGUAACCCAAACGGCAAUAAUAACAGCACCAGCAGCACCACCGCCAUUGCCUCUUGUGGGAAAAACAAGGAGGAGAAACCAUGUAAAAGCCAGGGCAGCCGAGGCGCCAAGCGGGAUAAAGAUGCGGGGAAGUCCCGGAAGGACAAGCAGCACGACGUGCAGCUGGGCCCCCCCAGCGGCCCUGGGGGCGGCGGCGGUGGACAGGGCCCCUCCGGGCACCUUUAUGGCUACGGGUCCAAGGGCGGUGGGGGGAGUGGCAGCCCCUUCCACUGCACCGCAGCCGCUGGGGAAGUUAGCAAAGGCGCCCCGGAUUCAGGGUUAAUGGGGAACUCUAUAUUGGUAAAAAAGGAAGAGGAGGAGGAAGAGAGCCACAGGCGAGUCAAGAAAUUGAAGACAGAAAAGGUUGAUCCCCUGUUUACAGUGCCUGCACCUCCACCUCCAAUUUCCAGCAGUAUCACACCUCAGAUUCUGCCUUCCUACUUUUCUCCAUCUUCAUCCAAUAUUGCAGCACCAGUUGAGCAGCUUUUGGUACGGACUCGUUCAGUGGGUGUAAAUACUUAUGAAGUUGGAGUCGUAACAGAACCCGAAUGCCUUGGACCCUGUGAGCCUGGGACCAGCGUGAACUUGGAAGGAAUUGUGUGGCAUGAAACUGAAGAAGGUGUCCUGGUGGUAAACGUUACGUGGAGGAACAAGACUUACGUGGGAACACUGCUGGACUGCACAAAGCAUGACUGGGCCCCUCCCAGGUUUUGUGAAUCUCCAACGAGUGACCUGGAAAUGCGAGGAGGAAGGGGUAGGGGGAAGCGGGCAAGGUCUGCUGCAACUGUGGCUAUACCUGGAAAUGAUACAAGUUUCACUGAGUCUAGGGGACUUCAGAGUAAGAAUCGAGGUGGUGCUAAUGGAAAGGGAAGGAGGGGUAGCCUUAACUCAAGUGGACGCAGGACACCCCCAAAUUGCUCUGUGGAUGAAGUCAAAGCCAGCCCCUCAUCAACAAACAAGAGAAAAACUAAGCCUCCUAUGGAGCUAGACUUAAACUCCAGUUCAGAGGACAGUAAGUGUGGAAAACGUGUUCGUACUAACUCCAGGAGCACUCCAACCACCCCACAGGGGAAACCAGAGGCUACUUUUUUGGACCAAGGCUGCUCUUCUCCGGUGCUGAUUGACUGUCCUCACCCCAACUGCAACAAAAAGUACAAGCACAUUAAUGGACUACGAUACCAUCAGGCUCAUGCACAUUUAGACCCAGAAAACAAACUGGAGUUUGAGCCUGACAGCGAGGAUAAAAUUUCAGACUGUGAAGAACCAUUGAGUAAUGCGGCACUUGAAUGCAGUGAAGCAAGCACAAAUUUGCCAGGCUUUGAUCCACUAAAAGCACCUACAUCUCCUUCCUCUGUUACUACCCCAGGGACCCCCAAGGGAAAAAGGGAACCGACAAGCAAUGGCACCAGUUCAGUUAUCAGUUCCAAAACUGGCAAGAAUUCAGGCAAAAAGAAGGGUCUGAACAGUGAACUGAACAGCCUUCCAGUAAUUUCUAACAUGUCAGCCACACUGGAUAAUUGCUCUGUAACAGAUGGCAAUUUGCAAACUGAAAUGCCAAAACUGGAGGCCGAAGGGUUAAUAGACAAGAAGAGUUUGAGUGAUAAAGGCAAGAAAGCUAAUAACUGCAAAGUGGAUAAAAACAUUUCCAAACUGAAAACAGCCCGGCCCAUUGCCCCAACGCCAGCACCGGCUCCUCCCCAGUUAAUAGCUAUACCUUCUGCAGCCUUUACAACCAGCACUACAGGGACAAUACCAGGACUGCCCUCUCUAACAACUACUGUUGUUCAGGCUACACCAAAGAGCCCUCCGCUAAAACCUAUUCAACCAAAGCCCACGAUUAUGGGAGAGCCAAGCACUGUAAACCCAGCUCUCACAUCACUCAAAGACAAAAAGAAAAGGGAGAAGCGUAAGCUAAAGGACAAAGAAAGCAAAGAGAGUGGAAGCCCUAAAAUGGAUUCUAAGCUGGGAAAGCUAGAGGAUUCAAAAGGGUCUGGGAAAGAUUUAUCUGGACAUUUUUUAAAGGACCAUCUCAAUAAGAAUGAAGUGUUAGCUAAUGGACUUUCUGAGUCUCAAGAGAGCAGGAUGGCAAGUAUUAAGGCUGAAGCUGAUAAGGUUUACACAUUCACAGACAAUGCGCCCAGCCCUUCUAUAGGGAGUGCCUCCAGGAUGGAAUGCAGCACUUUGGUGAAUGGACAAUCUUCAAUGGCGCCACUGCAUGUGUUAACACAAAAUGGUGCGGAUAGCGCUGCUGCUAAAACCAACAGCCCUGCUUACUCUGAUAUUUCUGAUGCAGCUGAUGAUGGUGGCUCUGACAGCCGGUCAGAGGGUGUGAGGUCAAAGGCCGGCUCUCCUUCGGAUAUCAUUUCCAAUAAGGACAGUGUUGUAAAAGUACAUUCUUCAACCGCAUCACAGUCGGCACAAGCGAAAGAGUCCCAUUCUCCCUAUUACCAUGGCUACGAUCCUUAUUAUUCUCCAAGUUACAUGCAGUCUGGACAGGUCAGUGCCCCAGCAGCUGGAAACUGCAGUACCCCACAGGGACUGAAGAUCAAAAAAGAGGCAGAUGAAGAGGCUGAAAAGAAGGAGAAGGGGGAACCGUCAGAAGCCAAGAAGAAUGAAAGUGGUUCCUCUAAUUUGCAGCCACAACAUCAGUCAGUAAUAACACAAAGACACCCUGCACUUGCUCAGUCACUUUAUUAUGGACAAUAUGCCUAUGGGCUCUAUAUGGACCAAAAGUCCUUAAUGGCCUCUAACCCUGCUUACAGACAGCAGUAUGAAAAAUAUUAUGAGGACCAGCGGCUAGCAGAGCAGAAGUUGGUACAGACUGGGAGGGACUGUGAAAGGAAGAAUGAACCUCCGUUGAAGGAAAUUGGAAAGGAUGAUAAGCAGAAAAAUAUUCCGUCUGCAACUAUUUCAAAGGCUCCUUCAACUCCGGAGUUGAGCAAAAAUAACACUAAAAUAGGGUCUUUGGUCCCUAGCAAAGGUGAGGAAACAAGCAAAUCACAGAUCCUUUCCAAUCACCAGCAGCAGCUUCAGUCUGACAGUUUCAAAGCCAAACAAAUGGAAAACCAUCAGCUCAUAAAGGAGGCUGUGGAGAUGAAAUCUGUCAUGGACUCCAUGAAGCAAACGGGCGUAGAUCCAACUACAAGAUUUAAACAGGAUCCAGAUACACGAACAUGGCAUCAUUAUGUCUAUCAGCCUAAAUACCUUGAUCAGCAAAAGUCAGAAGAACUUGAUCGGGAUAAAAAGUUAAAAGACGACAGCCCUAGAAAAACACCUAACAAGGAAAGUUCCCUGCCUAACCUUCCUGUCUCAUUAGCAAGCAUUAAAGAGGAGCCUAAAGAGGUCAAGCGUUCUGAUUCUCAAUCAGUGGAUGAGAGCAAGAUAAAAAAUGAUGAUCGAAAGACUCCUGUAAAUUGGAAGGACUCUCGAGGUGCUAGAGUAGCAGUUUCCUCACCAAUGAGUCAGCAUCAGUCAUAUAUCCAGUACUUGCAUGCUUAUCCUUAUCCACAGAUGUAUGAUCCCAACCAUCCAGCCUAUCGAGCAGUCUCUCCUGUCCUAAUGCACAGCUAUCCUGGGGCAUAUCUCUCUCCAGGAUUUCAUUACCCAGUUUAUGGGAAGGUGUCAGGGAGAGAAGAGGCGGAGAAAGUCAGUACCAGCCCAAGCAUCAAUACGAAAUCAACCACUGAGUCCAAAGCACUGGAUUUGCUCCAGCAGCAUGCCAGCCAGUAUCGCAGCAAGUCUCCUGUUCCCGUGGAAAAAUCAGCAGCUGAGCGUGAACGGGAAGCAGAAAGGGAACGAGAUCGUCAUUCACCUUUUAGCCAGCGACAUCUCCACACACACCAUCACACACAUGUUGGAAUGGGUUACCCGCUUAUACCUGGACAAUAUGACCCAUUUCAAGGAUUGACCUCUGCUGCCCUUGUUGCCACUCAGCAGGUGGCUGCGCAGGCAUCUGCAUCUGAGAAUGAUGAGUUUGGAGAUGUACAUUGUCAUGUGACUGGAUCACAUGAGGAAGCGCUUUAUUACAGACAUCAGUUCCAUGGUGUUAAUUUGAGAUGCCUUAAUGGCAGGCAAAAACCAGUCAUUUCAUUUUUGUAAAUUGCAGAUUUUAUCACAGAGUAACAAAUGUUGCUGUAAUUAGACUUCUGUUUUUAUAUAUAUAUAUGCGUAUAUAUAUAUACAUAUAUAUAUAAAAAUAUAUAUAUAUUCUUUACUUUUUUUGUAUCAAUAACCAGGCUCACACACAGGGUCUGCUGCUAAGUUGCAAACCACCUAGUAAAAGGAGAAAUGUAUUUGUCAUGUUUAGAAAGUGUUAACCACAAAAGGUUGUUUGUUUCUUUUCUCUUCUUCUGUUUCCUUUUUUUUUUUUUCCUUUCAAAUUGUAAAUAAAUAAUGUUAUGUAUCAGUGUGCCUGAACCUUGCGUACCCUUCUGAUAUUUCCCACAAGCUCUCAGAGAGGCUAACUGUGAUGACACUUUGGUACAAUGUAGAUGUCUAUUUGGUGGCUUCUAUUAAGAUGCAUCAGUGUAAAAUGUUACUGUAUUCGCUGUUUCAUUGUAAUUGUGUAUUGUGAAAAAUAUACCUUUGGAAGGCAUGGGGAUCUUAGUACCACAAAAACUGUGUUGUACAUAAUGUAAAAUUUUUAAAUGGAAAAUAAUGAGCAUCUGUGAAUAAUGAAAUGUCUUUUUUGAUAAUCUUGAAUGGCAGAUAACCAAUAGCCUGCAUAACAGAAGACAUCUGUGAUUGUUCUAUUACUUGAAUAGUCCUGCAGUCUUUUUUUUAAUGUUUACAAUUAUCCAGUUUUAGAAGAGAGACUUUAAUGCCAUUGCCUGGUUACUUGUUUUAUGCUGUAAUCUAGUUUAUUUUAUGUAAAAUGUAUAUUGAAUGCUUUCAUUUUUAUACCUGCCUUAAAUAAUUUGGCAAU